AUGGCAAACUUCUCCAUGGUGACUGAAUUUCUCCUCCGGGGGUUUUCCGAUGUCUGGGAGCUGCAGCUGGUCCAUGCCGUGCUGUUCCUCUUGGUCUACUUGGCAACCCUGACAGGGAAUCUCCUCAUCAUCACCGUCACCACCCUUGACCGGCACCUCCACACCCCCAUGUACUUCUUUCUUAAGAACCUGUCCAUCCUCGACCUCUGCCUCAUCUCCACCACCGUCCCCAAGUCCGUCCACAACUCCCUGACCGACAACAGCUCCAUCUCCUUCCUUGGCUGUGCCGCACAGCUCUUGCUGUGGGUCCUGUUUGCCGGUUCAGAGAUUUUUGUCCUCACGGCGAUGUCCUAUGACCGCUAUGCUGCUAUCUGCUAUCCCCUGCGCUAUGAGAUCAUGAUGAGCAGAGGGGUCUGUGUGAAAAUGGUGGCAGCUUCCUGGCUCAUAGGGAGCGUGUUUGGCUUCAUGCUUUCGGCUUCCACGUUCUCCCUGCCUUUCUAUGGGUCCAAUGCUGUCCCACAGUUCUUCUGCGACGUCCCCUCCCUGCCGCAGAUUUCCUGCUCUGAGGACCACAGUGCCAUCGAUGUGAGUGUGACUGCUGGGGUAGCAUUAGCUGUCAUCUGCUUCAUUUAUAUUACCCUCUCCUAUGUGCACAUCUUCUCCACCGUGCUGAGGAUGCCGUCCAUGGAGGGCCGGGCCAAAGCCUUCUCCACCUGUCUGCCGCACCUCAUGGUGGUGACCUUGUUCGUAGGGAAUGGUGCCUUUGCCUAUCUCAAACCACCCUCAGACUCCCCCUCAGUGCUGGACCCACUCGUGUCCGUGUUGCACACCAUGGUGCCCCCAGCCCUGAACCCCCUCAUCUACAGCCUGAGGAACAGGGACAAGAAGGCUGCCCUGAGAAGGACCCUAAAGGGAAGACUCCUUCGCCCUCCCUUCUGGGUGUUUUUGGCGGGGGGGGGGGGUCAGCAUUGCAAGUCAUCCCAUUCUAUCACAGACUUUGUGUCCUAUGUCACCAUGGAGCAAAUUGAAAAGGAGCCCCCCACGCCCCCCAUCCCCCCUUAG